CAACGACUUCAGCUAGAUCAACCCGGUCUUUUCGUCUUAUACUACAACUCGCCUCUUGGUCUUCGCCGUCAUUCUCCCUGGAUCAUUCUCCCCCAUUUCGCUAGAGUUCUCCGCCUUCUCCUUCGAUUUAUCCACUGGGAAGACUAGAUCGGCGUCGCCAGCGAUUCCCAUCGGCGAGGCUGAGCAAGGGUGCGAGAAGCAACGCCAUCGCGGCACGGUGCAUAUCAGAAAUAUAAAACUUUAGAUCUUUUUGGCAAGCAAGGGUUAUCUAUCACCCAUGGAGAACUCUGGAGUCGUUAAACAGACUAAUGGUCAUCUUGGGGUCACUGAGCCAAUCACGUGGAGUGGGCCGACAGAGUAUGAUCUCAUCAAGACACAGGAGCUGGAAAAGUAUAUUGAGCGUGUUGGGUUGUAUGAAAGUAUGGAAGAAGCAGUCUCCAGAGAAGAGGUUCUGAAAAAAUUGGAGCAGAUUGUGAAGCUUUGGGUAAAGAAAGUUAGCAGGGUUAAGGGAUUCAAUGAAGUAUCUGUCCAAGAGGCAAAUGCAAAGAUAUUUACUUUUGGAUCUUACCGACUUGGGGUGCACGGGCCUGGUGAGGAUAUAAACACUUUGUGUGUAGGUCCACGACAAGUUACUAGAGAAGAAGAUUUCUUCACAGAACUGCAUAACAUGUUGUAUGAGAUGCCAGAAGUAACAGAACUGCACCCUUUUCCAGAUGCUUAUGUCCCUGUAAUGAAGUUUAAGCUCAAUGGAGUUUCCAUAUAUCUUCUAUAUGCUAAACUAUCACUUUGGGUCAUUCCUGAAGACCUAGAUAUCUCACAUGACUCAAUAUUACAAAAUGUUGAUGAGCAGAGUGUUCGCAGUUUGAAUCAGUAUAGAGACACUGAACAAAUUUUACGCUUGGUGCCAAAUAUUCAGAAUUUUCGCACAACUUUGCGCUGCAUGAGGUUUUGGGCAAAGCGUCGUGGAGUAUACUCAAAUGUUGUAGGGUUCCUUGGUGGCAUAGAUUGUGCAUUACUUGUUGCUCGAAUAUGCCAAUUGUACCCAAAUGCACUGCCAAGCAUGCUGGUAUCACGCUUUUUUCGUGUUUACACCCAGUGGCGAUGGCCAAAUCCUGUGAUGCUUUGUGAGCUUCAAGAGGGUACUCUCGGACUUCCUAUGUGGGAUCCAAGAAGAAACAUGAGAGACAGACUUCACCAAAUGCCCAUAAUAACACCUGUAUAUCCUUGUAUGAAUUCUAGCUACAAUGUAUCAUCGAGCACAUUGCAUGUCAUGAUGGAAGAGUUUCAACGCGGAAAUCAAAUAUGUGAGGCAAUGGAGGCUAGCAAAGCUGACUGGGAUCGUCUGUUUGAGCCUUAUCCCUUUUUUGAAGCCUACAAAAAUUAUCUGGAGAUUGAAAUGACUGCUGAAAAUGAUUCGGACCUUAGGAACUGGAAAGGUUGGGUGGAAUCGCGUCUUUGUAAAUUGACUCUAAAGAUUGAAAGGCACACUUUUGGCAUGCUUCAGUGUCACCCUUGUCCACGUGAUUUUUCAGACAAAUCUAGACCUUUUCAUUGCUGUUACUUUAUGGGCCUUCAGAGAAAGCCAGGAGUAGCGGUAGAGGAAGGUGGACAAUUUGACAUAAGGGCAACUGUGGAAGAGUUUAAGCAUUCUGUCAGCCUGUAUACUCUGUGGAAACCUGGAAUGGAGAUUCGAGUUAGCCACGUAAAACGAAGAAAUGUUCCACCAUUCGUUUUCGCUGGUGGUGUAUGACCAUCUUGGCUUCUUGUUAUUUCGAGGUGGUAAACUUGUAAUUUCUAAAACAUAAUGGACUUAUUUAUAAAUACUGCAAAUUAAUAGCCUAAUCCAGAAUGCACUCUUCUGUCA